UAGGACAUCAGAUAGCGAGUGACAGCAAGGCACAUGCGGCCUGGACUUUGGGAUUAUUAGCGUCAGCUUUGCUAUAAAAGCUGCGGCGGCGCAUCGGUUGAGCAGAAGCACUGCAGAGUUUAACUGGCAGAUACUCUCACAGAUCCAACAACCAUGAAGGUCCUCGCUGUCUUGGUUCUGGCCGUUUUCACCGGCUGCAACGCCAACUUCUUCCACGCUGAUGCACCCAAGCCCCAGCUGGAGGUGCUGACUGACGCCUUCUGGCAGUACGUCGCCAAGGCCACCCAGACGGCCGACGACACCGUCCAGAUGAUCAAGAAGUCUCCGUUGGGACAUGAAUUUAGCGCCCGGCUUACUGAUGGCACCGACAUGGCCAACCAGUAUGCCGUCACCCUGCACGAGCAGCUCCCCCCUGCGGCCAAGGAGCUGAUUGCCAAGGUGAGCGCCGAGGCCGAUAUGCUGAAGGAGCGCGUGACCCUGGAGCUGAACACCGUCCGUGAAAGGAUAGAGCCCUACACCAACACCAUGAAGGUCCAGAUCCAAGAAAGAAUGGACCAGAUCCAGUUGGAGCUGAAUCAGCUUCUCGCCAUGGAUUCCGAGACCCUGAGGAGCGAAAUCGUGAGGAGGAGCGAGGAGAUCAAGGCCAAUCUGGAUCAGACCGUGUCUGAUCUGCAGGCUCAGCUGGGGCCCCACACCGACGAGUUGAUGCAGAAGGUGGACCAGCACCUGAAGACCUUCAAGGACAACGUGUCCCCAAUGGCUGAGAAGAUCCAGGCCGAGGUGACCCAGAGAGCCCAGCAGAUGAGAGACCUGGCCUCCCCUUACAUCGGAGAGAUGAGGGAGACCCUGGACCCCUAUGCCCAGGACCUCCAGGCUCGUCUGACUGCCCUCUACGACUCCUUUGUCAACGCCAACUAAGUCUACUGCUUCGUUAACAACAACAAACUGAAGUCAAAGUUCUCUCAAGAGGCCGUCAAGUUUGUCAACCAAGGGGCAACGCAAGCUCAUCAGUAUCUCCAAAAGUUCAUGGUUUACAGAAGUACUCAGUGUUGGUCUGUUCCAAGCAGGCUUCCAUCUCAAUCAAAAUAAAGCCCUUAAAACUAACAAACAA